CAGCAGCCCAGAAACUGCACCGUCUGACGGGAACCCGCUGACGAAGCACCGCCCGGCUGAGCUCGCCCGUCCGCCCGGCGCAUGGACGGUCCAGCACAAUGGCAGAGGAUUUGGGGGUGCCUCUGUUGUGUACCAACAACAGGUCGCAUGGAUAAUCCCUCCACAACCCUCCCGUAUCAUCUCGUGUUUGGGAUGAUUAGAGCGCCGCUGUCGGCUUGAUGUGGCAGGGAGCUGGGCUUCUCGUCCUGGCUGUCGACUGAGAGGAAAAACGGCGUGGAGAAGGUGUAGUGUGGCUGGGGGGCUCAGCAGGAUGGAAAUAGAUGCCCGUUUUCGCUACUAUUUCCAGCACCCCUGGUCGCGCCUCAUCGUGGCCUACCUCGUCACCUUCUUCAACUUCCUCAUCUUCGCCGAGGACCCCAUCUCUCACAGUCAGACAGAGGCCCAUAUGAUUGUGGUGGGCAACUGCUUCUCCUUCCUGUUCAACAAGUACCCAGGCCUCGGAUGGAACAUCCUGAAAGUAAUAUGCUGGAUACUGGCCAUUAUCACUGGCAUGUUAGCCGGGAAGUUUAUAUUCCACCGCCAGCUCUUUGGUCGAUACCUGCGCCUGAAAAUGUUCCGCGAGGAUCAUGGCUCCUGGAUGACCAUGUUCUUCAGCGCCAUCCUCUUCCUCUUCAUCUUCUCACACAUCUACAACCUUUUCCUGCUGAUGGCUGGGAGCAUGGAGCCUCACAUGGUGACGGAGUACAUGGGCAUCAGAAAUGAGAGCUUUAUGAAGAUUGCUGCAGUGGGGACAUGGAUGGGGGACUUUGUCACUGCGUGGAUGGUGACAGACAUGAUGCUCCAGGAUCAGCACUAUCCAGACUGGGGCAAAGCAGCCAGAAGGUUCUGGAAACAAGGCAACAACAGGAUUGUUCUCUUCUGGACAGUGCUCAUCUCUCUGACGUCUGUGGUGGUUCUGGUCAUCAGUACCGACUGGAUCAGCUGGGACAACCUGAACCGAGGCUUCCUGCCCAGCGACGAGGUCUCCAGAGCCUUCCUGGCCUCCUUCAUCUUGGUCUUCGACCUUCUCAUUGUCAUGCAGGACUGGGAGUUCCCUCACUUCAUGGGUGACCUGGAUAUGAAUCUACCAGGAAUGUCAACCACGCAUGUGAAGGUCAAGCUCCCUGUCUGCAAGAGUAUCUUUAAAGAGGAGUACCACAUUCACAUCACAGGUAAGUGGUUCAACUACGGUAUCAUCUUCCUCGUGCUGAUUUUGGACCUCAACAUGUGGAAGAACCAGAUCUUCUACAAGCCCUACGAGUACGGCCAGUAUGUCGGGCCCGGCGAGAAGAUCUUCACAGUGGAGGAGCCGGAAACACUCAGCCUCUUCAACCACAGCACGCUCACCUACGAGUGGCGCUCCACCAACAUCAAUCCCGACAGCAACUUAACCUACGUGGAGCGGGACAUGUUCCUCCACAGCCGCUACACCGGAGCCAGCCUGGACGUCAAGUGCCUGGCCUUCAUCCCGAGCCUGGCAGCGUUCGUUCUAUUCGGGUUCUUCAUUUGGCUGUUUGGGCGGUUUCAGGACAGCGAGACCUUCACGGAAAACCAGGACAAGACGUAUGAGAGGAUAAAGAGGAAGUCGCCAUCGGAGUACAGCAAGGAGAUGGGAGUGACGCCAGAGGAGGUGCUUGUGACCAUGAGUGAGAGUCUGAAACGAUCGGGAACGCCCAUGCUUCUCUCUGUGGACGGGCCACACUUUGGAGCAACACCCUCUACGAACUCGACUAUUUCCAUGGAAACCCAAGAGACACAUCCGAGCAUUGUGAUUGAUAGUGCAGAGCCAGAGCAGGAGGAACCAGCAGUCUCUUUUGAUGUCCACAAGCUCUCUCCGUGACCUUAUGAACUUCUGAAACUUUGAACUAUAUAACUGCGGACAAGCUGAAAAAGGAGAGCUCAAGAUGCAGUUCUUCAAAAGUCUUAAAUCAUCACUUUUCCUCAAAUAAGACUAAGCCGCAACAGACGUUGACCACAACUGUUCAUGAGAUUCAGAAGAGUGAUGUUACGUGAUCACCAAAGCCAAUGCUGAUGGCUGUUACAGUUGUAUUUGUUUGAAUAUAUUUUUGUAAAAAAACUAUCUUUUUAAAAGCCUCUAAAAACGGCACCAAUUCUGAUAACAGAUCUUUUAAAAACAGAAUGCAAACUUUAAAUUGACAUGGUGCUUGCUCAGAUUUUGCAUUUUCAUAAUUCAAUUUUGUCACAGGAAACUAUUUUGGUGCCUAUAGGAGGAGUAUUUCUACAGUUGUGACACUGCAGUCAGGUGGAUUUUAUUGUAUCACACCAGUGUUACAGAUACACUAGUGCCUUGAUAAUUCAUAUCUUCAGCUACAGACAAAAACAUAUACAGUCUAUACUACUAUAGGCAACAAAAUGGAAGAUGUCCUAGUUAGGGUCUACUAUAUUACUGUCUUAUAUAUGCUUUCAUAUCAUAUGGACAAUUGUUACCUCAUUUGAACCUAAGACUUUAUCAUUUUUAAUUUAUUCUCAUGCGAGACUGUCACUUCUUGUUGAAAUGAAAUGAUUAUGAACAUCAAUGGACUCUGAUGACCUAUUCACACCCCCUAGCUUGAUAUUAGUUGCAGAGAUAAUAAAUGCAAUCAGCUAUGAUCAAAUAGCUAACCAACAAGCCACCUCAUGAUUGCUUAUGUGGCUGCUGCACCUGGACGGAAUACCAACAGAGUCAGAAAGGUGGUUUUGCCCUUGGCAUAAACAUGCCAUUGAAGUGCAGGAGAGGAUUCUGCUCCAAAGCUCAGGGCUUCUUUAUGUCUGGAUAAACCUUAAAAGUUUUAGAAGCAGUUUUUCAGUCAUGGUAAAUGCAUGAAAAAUGAUUUAUUUAUUUGAAACAUUAUUCUGGUGUAAAAAAACAACAACAUCCUGAUGUUUAAACGCAACUGAAACUUGCAGCAUUUAUUUUUACCCAGGCUUUGAAAGGUUACACUGCCUUUUUACAUAUUUUCCUUUGCUAAAAAGUCUCUUCAAAAUACAUAUAUUUGGAAUUUCUACUUCAAAACCGUAUGCCCUUCAGUAAAGUAAAGUGCAAAUACCAACCCGAUUAUUAUUACAUUACUAACUGUUUAUAAGUUUGGCAUGUUUUAGUACUGCAUAGAAAUUUGACCAAAGAUACAAAGUAAAAUAUUACUGCAUAAGAUUAUAUGCUAAUUUCAAUGAGAUAUAUUCAUGAUAGACAAAGUGGAAUGAUAUGAUGUGUUCUUGCAUAACUCUGCAUUAUAAUGGACUGUAAUGUACUAUCAUUUCCUGAAAAAAUAUUUUCCCAAAAACUGGGGACCUAUCAAAACUAACCAUAUCCCGUGUUCUCUAACAACCCAAUCAUGACAGAGUUUUGUUAAACAUUAUAAGUAAUGUAGCCUGAGGUGUGCCACUAGAAUAGUUACUGAGCUCUGAAGCUUCUAUAGCUAUUAUAAAUCAUUAAAAAAAAAUCUGGCUUAUAUUAUAUUAUAUUUAUAAACAAUUCUAAUGGUUAAACGAUCAUUAAAUUUGCCAAUUAACGAUCCAGUUUCCUUAUUCUGUUUUUCAAUGAUAAUUUUAAUUCAAUAGUCAUAAUUUAUUUAAUAAAGGCUUUUAUGUGCUUGCCUACCAUUAUGUAUCUCACACUUCAGUCUGCUGUUUUAGUAUCUUACAGUUUUCCUUUCAGAAUUGCUUAAAUUUGCUACUAUGCAUUGCAGAAGUCGGGCCAAUCAGAGCAUCUGCUGUUGCUCUGUGGGUUGGAUUUAAUUACAUUAUAUAUUUUAAAUUGUUUGUUAAUACACCGUUUAAAUGUGACAAAUUCAUUAAUGAAUUGAUUUAAUACAUUUAUAAUCACACACUUAAUAAUAAUUCUGGUGGCACACUCCAGACUCCUUACAGGAAUUCCCUGUGUGUGUGUGUGUGUGUCUGUGUGUGUGUGUGUGCGCGCACUGUGGAAGCAGAGAUGUCUAUUUGUGUCUGUAAAGAAGUUUUAUACUUAAUAGUGCAUGUUUGUGUGUGUGUCUGUGUGUCUGUGUGUCUGUGUAGUGCGUGUGUGUGAAGUGCGUAGGUGUUUGCUACCACACUUGUUUUUGACAAAGGCCAUUCUGUGAAGAGGUCAAUUUAUUUAGCAUAAUUGGUUUGCAGCUCUUGGUUCUGUAAUUAUCCUUUUAUACAUUACAGCUCUACGAGGACAUAAGAUAUUAGUGUUUCACCAAAGGGCAGAACCUCUCUGGACUUAAAAGGGGUCUAAUCUGUUUGUAAUGUAUUGUGUUUAGGUUAAAAGGGAGGGUUUCCUCUUUGUUGUUCAUACUAUUUUUCAUUUAUUUGUGAUGCAAAACUGAGAUGUCCCUCAGUUCCUGUGUAUUUGUGCUUUUUUUUUUCUUAAAGCAGAGGAAAUCUCCUUUCAGUGUCUGCUCAGUGUGCUGUAUGUGCGUUUAACCUUGUGUUACCAAUAAAUUAAUACAUUUGUUAUAUACUCCA